AUGGAUAAAUUUAAAAAAUGGCGAAAACAACGCAAACCGAUCACUUAUGUGGCUGAGGCUACAAUUUCAGAUAGUGAAGUGUCGUCCCUACCACGCUAUCAAACAGAACCUCCACCGCUACCUCCCCCGGCUCCUGCGUUCAAAUUUGGGUUAAAGACUCUCCAUGAAUGUACCGAUGCGAUCGUCGAUAUUUGUUUUGUACAUGGGCUGACCGGCGACCGCGACAAGACCUGGACUGCCGUCGGCCAGACCACACCGUGGCCAAAGAUACUACUUCCUCCGAAACUCAAUGCCCGGGUCUUGAUGUACGGAUACGAUGCAAAUGUCGCACGCAAGUCAGUCACCUCGUCAAAUCGUCUCAUCAACCAUGCCCAGAACCUUUUGGGGGACUUGACAGCGGACCGAAGUUUUUGCGAUGCUUCCUCUCGUCCAUUGAUUUUCGUUGCUCAUAGUCUUGGAGGUCUAGUAUGCAAAAAGGCUAUUCUCCUCUCACAAAAUGCCGCUGAGCCCCAGUCACGGGCUCUAUUCGAUUGCUUUGAGGGAAUUGCAUUUAUGGGAACACCACACAGGGGAGCUUGGAUGGCAGAUUGGGCCAAGAUUCCGGCUUCAGUGUUUGGGCUUGUGAAAUCUACGAAUGUCAUGCUGCUGGACAUAUUGCAACGAGACAAUCAGCUUUUGGAUUCAAUACAAGUCGACUUCCUGACUAUGAUCCGAAGAAUGCGAGAAAAUGGCCGGGGGAUCGGAAUCGCCUGCUUUUUUGAAGAGCUUCCAUUCCCUGUCAUUGGAAAAAUUGUGACUGAAGAAUCAGCGACAUUGGAUGGUUAUGACAUAUACAGCAUUUACGCCAAUCAUCGUGACAUGGUACGGUUCGCGUCGGAAGAGGACCCUGGGUUCAAGAGGCUGCUAUGGAAACUUCUUACUUGGACUUCGCAAGUCGGUAAAACAAUCUUAUAA